GAUAUAGCUUGUAGGUUCUGUGUAUGCAUGUAUUUUGAAGGUCGACUUCCGUUUUCAGCCGUGCCAUCUUCUGGCGAACUUGACGCGCCUCUAACAGCACAAGAAGGACUUUGUCUCGGCGGAGGGGGGUAGUUGACAGGCGAAAGAGGGUGAUAUAUAUAGGGAGACUGAAUUGGACUGGGCCGGUUCAUUUACACCGCAGACCUUGGAGCAGGACGCGGACAGGAGUCCCGAGGGGAGGACCGGAAGGAGGGAGAAAGAGUAUCAACUUGGACUGAAUCGGGGACCCUCGGAGACCUACGGGGGGACCCCCGGAGGAUUGGGUUACAGAGGGGCACCACUGGGCGGGGAGUGGGCCCGCAUGAUUCCUCACAAUCAGGCUGUUAUGAUGGUGGAGGUGAUGCACCGAGAGCAGGGCAGAGGAUUCCUACAGAGCCCGACACAUUGCACCACACAACCCCUCAACCGAGUGUGACCUGCUGAAGGGUUAGACGCUUCUGCUUCUAAUCUUAGCUUGUCCCAAACAACAGGGUUACGGUAACAGUGUAACCUGCAAGCUCCAUUCAUUCUCGGCCCCGUCUGCAGGAUGAGACGGGGAUUUGAAUCUGGACGGAGACAUUAGCUGUGAACCGAGGCUGCCUGUCUGCUGUUUCGAUGUGCAUGCACCGGUUGUUUUGAGCCGAGCAACAGACGAGAGGAGGAAAGAUGUUGGUGCGAUGCUACCGGGGAAAGCUGUCGGUGUGGGCCGCUCUGUGCGUGCUGGUGCUCUGCUGGUUUUACAUUUUCCCCGGCUACAGACUCCCCCGCGAUAAAGAAAUAGCUGAGGAGGUUCUGAGGCAGGGGGAAGUAUGGCAGAAGAACCAGACGGGCAUUGAUGAAUACAGGAAGUUGCUGACAGAGUGCUGUGAUCCGCAGAGGAUGUUUGCAGUGACCAAGGAGAACUCACCGAUGGGCAAGGUCCUGUGGUACGAUGGCGAGUUUUACCACUCACACACCGUCAACAAUGAGACUUACCCACUCUUUGUGCAGGGCAACCCUCUGCAGCUGCCCCUGAAGAAGUGUGCGGUGGUGGGCAACGGUGGCAUUCUCCGACGCAGCAAAUGUGGACAGGACAUUGACCAGGCCGACUUCAUCAUGCGGUGUAACCUUCCACCACUUUCAAAGGAAUACGUGGGGGAUGUGGGAACCAGAACACACCUGGUUACAGCCAACCCCAGCAUCAUAGAGAAAAGAUUUCAGAACCUUCUGUGGUCGAGAAAAACGUUUGUGGAUAGUAUGAAGGUCUACGGCUCCAGCUACAUCUACAUGCCAGCGUUCUCUAUGAAGCCUGGCACCGACCUGUCACUGCGGGCAUAUUACGCCCUGGCGGACACCUCCUCCAACCUCACCAUGCUCUUUGCCAACCCUGAAUUUCUGCGCACAGUGGGAAAAUUCUGGAAAGCCCGCGCCGUGCACGCCAAACGCCUGUCCACAGGGCUCUUCCUGGUCAGCUUGGCCUUGGGGCUGUGUGAGGAAGUGACAGCCUACGGCUUCUGGCCGUUUUCCGUCGGCCUGGACGAGCAGCCAGUCAGCCAUCAUUACUACGACAACAUCCUGCCCUAUAAAUGGUUCCAUGCCAUGCCUGAGGAGUUUGUCCAGCUCUGGCACCUGCACAAAAGUGGCACAUUGCGCAUUAGAGUGGGACGCUGUUCCCCUUAGGAAGGUGGGAGUUAGAGCUUCUUGAUAAGUGAAGGGACAGCUGAUGUGUAGUGGGCUACAGGAAGCAGAUGAAAACAUUUGGGGUGUUAAGUGGCAGUGGUUAAGUGGCAGGAAGUUGUUGUCAUUACAAAAAUGGGUGCAGAUAGUUCCUUUGAGGUAUUGCACCUGUGUCCGAACACACGGCUGCUGACCCACGCCUCCCUUAGCUUAUCCCUAAUUAUAAUGAGAACGUCCUCCACCCAGACCAUCAGCAUUGGGGACAGAAUGCACACAGACGCAUGCAGCCAAACACACACACACUCUCUCAAAACAAUCUCCUCCACUUGUUUCUAAGAUUGCGGGUGUGCGUGGCUUUGUGUUUGUAGAAAGCCUCAACUGUGACUAAUAGGGUGAAAGUGGGUGGAGUUGGAUGGGUGGGGGUUUUAGUUUUUUGUAAGUUGACUACUGUAUCUGACUGAACUAUGAGGCAGCUGGACCAAACCCCCCUCUGGGUCUUUGUCAAACAGAGAAAGAAGGGGGUGGAGGUCCAGGAGGAAUAACAAAAGGCACUGAAACACUGGCAAAAUGGUAGGAACAAGGGAGAGAUAAUGCUGUCCUGGUACCUAGUAACUUGAAUAGGACUGAAAUUUAAUGGAGAAAAAAAGAAAGACUGGCAGGCGGGUAGACAGAGUGAAAGCUAGCUAGAAUGUGUAUGAAAGGAUUUUUUUUCUCUGCUUUUCUUCAACUGAGUGCUUGAUUGGCAUUCUCCGGUGCCAAAUUGAGCUCUGUUCAGAGCAGGACCUUUUAGAAAAGGAGUCUUAAGUACUAUUUACCGCAGAAUGUUUAGCCAAGUUGCAUUUAAACCCUUCACUGGAAAGGGAAAUUGAGUUGUGGUGUCCACGUAUUGCUUUUGCAAAAUGUGUUUUUCAGGAGUUAAUGUGAAUUAUUUUGUAAAGGUUCAUCAGUGGCCCUGUAGAGAAGGGAGAAAGUAUUAUCAACAUUUGUAACCAGUAGGUACCUCACCUCGAAGUGGACGUUAUUACCUGACUGUCAAUUUGGUAUGAUCCACUAAAAAACAGGCUUCUUAGGUAAAAAAAACAAAAAGAAUAAAAAAAAAGUUGUCUUUUGGUAUGUGUAAUUUACUUGCCAAGUGCCAAGCCAAGGGAACAGUGUUCUCUUUGAUACCCACUCUCGCACUGUCCUUGUGCUCUCAAAUGGCGAGAAACUGAUAUAAAGUGAAGUAGUGACAGAAAAAGACUUGUGGACUCAAUGUCCCAAAAUGGCAUUUUAACAGCUGGCUUUUUUUUCCCCUUAAGAUGCUGGACACGUGCGUCUGAGAACAGAAAUAAUUAAGCCUAUGUGCUUUUAUAAUUGUGAUUUGUUGUUUUUUAACAUAUUUUUGUGCACAAGGGGAAAAAACAACCUUGCUCAUGUAGAAGCCAACACGACAGACACGACAGUUGUGUUUUUUUUGUACUUGCAGGUCUUGCUGAUGAAAAAAACUUGAUUUGAAAUAAUUUCUUUCUUUUAAAAAUUGUUAUUUAAAAGUGAUAAAUGUGACUGUGCCAUAUUGUCAAUACCGCAACAAAAGGGUGACUCUGCAUGGAAAGUGCAUGGAGUGUACCCCAAUCCUUGAAAACACUACUCCGUCUACUCAAGGUACCGAACAUGUCAAUAGUUAAUGCUUUAUGCUUUCAUUUUACUCUGAAAACGGAAUAAGGUCCAGUGCCUUUUGAGAUGUAUUAAGGCAACAAGGAUCAUUCAAACAAGGGAUAUUUGUAACGCUUACCAUGCUCUUAAAUGUGUUUUUGAUUUUCUUCGAUCUGCGGAUCAACCGAUAUGUGAUAGUGACCCCUGAUAUUGUGUAAAAUUAAAUCAAAGAGAGCUACAUACUGCUGGACAAGUGAAACAGAAUCUAAUAAUUUGCAGUCCAAAUGCACACUUGGCUCUCCGAGACUUGUACACUCCUUUUUACUUAUUGUGAAGUUUCUUAUUUGCACCUUGUUUAUUGGUUUUCUCCUGCCCAGUAUUGUGAAUGAGUGAGAUGUGACAAUGUAUGACUUUUGAGUAAGCAUGAUGAUUUUUAGAUGUUCUUUUGGUACACAGAUUAUUUUUAUCUCUUUCCAUUACAUUCGGAUUUAUGUUCUCAUUCCAUCCUAUCUAAAUGAUAAAAGAAGCUGAUAUUUUAUGUAAUUAUUGGUCUGUUUGUGUAAUGACCAAUUAGUUUUUAGAUCUCUAAGCAUUCUUUAAAAAUAUACUUUGUUCUGGUUAAAAUAAACUGCAGUUGUUGCCAACAGAAAA